AUGCAAAGCCCGUUACGCAUAAAGCCCUACAGCCAGGAUCUAUAUGAACACCGGCCCUACAGCCAGGAUCUAUACGAACACCGGCCAUACAGCCAGGAUCUAUACGAACACCGGCCCUACAGCCAGGAUCUAUACGAACACCAGCCCUACAGCCAGGAUCUAUACGAACACCGGCCCUACAGCCAGGCUCUAUACGAACACAAGCCCUACAGCCAGGAUCUAUAUGAACACCAGCCCUACAGCCAGGAUCUAUACGAACACCGGCCCUACAGCCAGGCUCUAUACGAACACCAACCCUACAGCCAGGAUCUAUAUGAACACCAGCCCUACAGCCAGGCUCUAUAUGAACACCAGCCCUACAGCCAGGCUCUAUAUGAACAACAGCCCUACAGCCAGGUUCUAUAUGAACACCAGCCCUACAGCCAGGAUCUAUACGAACACCGGCCCUACAGCCAGGCUCUAUACGAACACCAGCACUACAGCCAGGAUCUAUAUGAACACCAGCCCUACAGCCAGCCCUACAGCCAGGCUCUACAUGAACACCAGCCCUACAGCCAGGAUCUAUACGAACACCGGGCCUACAGCCAGGAUCUAUACGAACACCGGGCCUACAGCCAGGAUCUAUACGAACACCAGACCUACAGCCAGGAUCUAUAUGAACACCGGCCCUACAGCCAGGAUCUAUAUGAACACCGGCCCUACAGCCAGGAUCUAUAUGAACACCAGCCCUACAGCCAGGAUCUACAUGAACACCGGCCCUACAGCCAGGAUCUAUAUGAACACCAGCCUUACAGCCAGGAUCUAUAUGAGCCCCAGCCCUACAGCCAGGAUCUAUAUGAUAACCAGCCCUACAGCCAGGCUCUAUAUGAACACCAGCCCUACAGCCAGGAUCUAUAUGAGCCCCAGCCCUACAUCCAGGCUCUAUAUGAACACCAGCCCUACAGCCAGGCUCUAUAUGAACACCGGCCCUACAGCCAGGGACCCGUAACACCCAACUAUCGCCACCCAAGGAUGGGCUGA